AUGCCUUCCGACAAAACGAUUGGCGGAGGAGAUGACGCGUUUAACACAUUCUUCUCGGAGACGGGUGCCGGCAAGCACGUACCCCGUUGCGUGAUGGUUGAUUUGGAGCCAACCGUCGUGGAUGAGGUUCGCACAGGGACCUACCGCCAGCUGUUCCACCCUGAGCAGCUCAUUUCUGGGAAGGAAGAUGCUGCGAAUAACUUCGCUCGAGGACAUUACACGAUUGGGAAGGAGAUCGUUGAUCUUGUCUUGGAUCGCAUCCGUAAACUUGCCGACAAUUGCACUGGGCUCCAGGGCUUCUGUGUCUACAAUGCCUGCGGCGGUGGCACAGGAUCCGGAUUGGGAUGCCUGAUGCUGGAACGCUUGUCGGUGGAUUAUGGAAAGAAGAGCAAGAUCUCCUUCACGGUCUGGUGCUGCCCCCAGGUUGCCACCGCGGUCGUCGAGCCCUACAACACGGUCUUGUGCGUGCACUCCCUCCUGGAGCACACGGACGUCACGAUCAUGUACGACAAUGAGGCGCUCUACGACAUCUGUCGCAGGAACCUGGACAUCGAGCGACCUACGUACACCAACCUGAACCGCCUCAUUGCCCAGAUCAUCUCCAGCUUGACUGCAUCUCUGCGCUUCGACGGCGCCUUGAACGUGGACAUCACGGAGUUCCAGACCAAUCUGGUCCCCUACCCGCGCAUCCACUUCAUGCUGACCUCCUAUGCCCCGGUCAUCUCGGCCGAGAAGGCGUACCACGAGCAGCUGUCCGUGGCUGAGAUCACGAUGUCAGUGUUUGAGCCGGCAUCCAUGAUGGUGAAAUGCGAUCCGCGCCAUGGCAAGUACAUGGCCUGCUGCAUGAUGUACCGUGGUGAUGUUGUGCCCAAGGAUGUGAAUGCUGCCGUCGCCACCAUCAAGACCAAACGCACCAUCCAGUUCGUGGACUGGUGCCCCACCGGCUUCAAGUGUGGCAUCAACUACCAGCCACCGACCGUGGUGCCCGGCGGUGAUCUGGCGAAGGUCAUGCGUGCCUGCUGCAUGAUCUCAAACAGCACUGCCAUCGCGGAAGUCUUCUCCCGCAUCGAUCACAAGUUCGAUCUGAUGUACUCCAAGCGAGCCUUCGUCCACCACUACGUGGGAGAAGGCAUGGAGGAGGGAGAGUUCUCUGAGGCGCGCGAGGAUUUGGCUGCCUUGGAGAAGGACUACGAAGAGGUGGGCAUUGAAACCGCCGAGGGAGAAGGAGAAGAGGAAGGGUAUGGCGAUGAGUUCUGA